AUGAUCUUUGGACUGCCAGAAAAGGCCUAUUGCAAAAUCUGGGACGUAGGCUCAAAAAAUAUGCCAAUGGGUAAUGCACGGAAUUACUAUUUUGAGGCUCAUCGUCUCUAUUCUCUGCUGAAAAAGAAUGACUGGCAGUACGUUGGUCCGUUCAGUUUAGCAAAAAAUGGAUUUUUCUACACCGGAGACGGAGACAACGUCAGAUGCGUAUUCUGCAAUUUGGAAGUGCGCGGCUGGGAAGAAGGAGACACGGCUGAUGGAGAACACCGGCGUUGGAACCCGAACUGUCCUUUUUUGCGCAACGAGCAAAGUGUCGGCAACGUCAAGAUCGGAAGCGAGCAGACUGAUUUGAAACACGAUGCCCUUGUUGCAAUAAUACCCAAAGGGGCUCAGUCAUACCCAGUGACACAACCUGCUCCAGUCAUGGACAAUCAGGGUGCUCAGCUGCCUGCUGCAGUCCCUCAGGAUGAGAUUAGAGCCCCUCAGGGUGAGAUUGGAGACCCUCAGGGUGAAGCUGUACAACAGCAAGAUCCUUAA